AUGGCGAAGCAUAAGCACAUGUUGUUAGCGAUUGAGGACUUGACCAGCUAUAUUAAAAGAAGGGCUCUAGUCAAAAAGAAUGCUAAAAAUAUAGACCAAUUUAUUUGGGAAGAUAUAAUCUUGCACCAUGGAUGCUUUACCGCUCUAGUAUCGGAUAGAGUGACUGACUUUAAAAAUACAAUAAUAAAAGAACUGUUGUUGCGUUUGAACAUAGAUCAAUGUUUUGUUGCUAGUUACCAUCCUGAGGCAAAUGGUCACGCAGAACGUGUGGACCAAAAUGCGAUUUGGGCUAUAAACACAACUGUUGGUGACCUGGGGUACUCCCCUUUUCGUCUAGUUUAUGGAAGAGAUGCAAUAAUGCUAAUCGAAUUGGUGAUGGAGAGUUAUCAUACGUAUGUGUUGAGAAGCCAAUGGACAACUAAUGAGUUACUUGAAUACCGAUCCCUACAAAUAAAAGGUUUGGUUGGUGAUCUGAAAAAUGUGCAAACAAAUCGUGAUGAAUUGAAAUGGCAGUGGAAAGAGGUGAUAGAAGUUGGAGAAUUUGGUCAAUUUUACCUUGAAGAAGUUGAUGGAUUGAAGUUGAAAGACCCGAUCAUAAGAAAUCGAGUAAAGAAAUUGAAAUUGGAUGGUUACGAACCUGACUGUGAGGAUAGAAUGAUUAAAGAACGAAUAAGUCAAGUGUAUGAAGAACAAUCGGACAAUGAAGAAUAUAUUUCUUCGGAGGACGAUCUAUCCGACCUUUUGCUAGAUAUGAAAGUUUGUAAUGUUGGAAAUUGGAUUACAUGGGUCGAACUUCAGAACGAAGUCCCGGGGGGUCUAGCUCAUGUCGGGAUUAUUAUUGGAUGCACGUGGAUAGAUGAUCAGGGUAUAACGUGCAGAGAUCAAAUUCAAUAUGGGAUGAUUGAUGUAAUGAUUAGUAAUAAGUUUAUUAGUAAUACUAAUUUGAAGACUAUAGGUAAAAACUACAAAAGCCUAACUAAUAACGCAGUGUGCCUUGUGAUUGAAGGUUGGAGACGCUGCAAAGUGAAGGGGCAAGGAGGUAGUACUAAAGCAAACGUAGUGAAGCCACGAGCUCUGUGGAUAAUUGAGCUAUACAAGAUCUCAUUAUUGGCAAUUAAACUUUGUGUGACGAUAGUGCAAGAAGAAUUGGAAAGCUUUUGCUGGAGGCUUUUAUUUGAACUUUCAUUGGUGUUUUUUGUUGGUGAACUUUUAUUUGCGGCUUUUGUUGUAGACUUUGUUAUAGAUUUUUUACUGGUGAAUUUUGUUGGACCUCAUGUUGUGAUCAGGCCUGCAGCAGCAAUAGCAGUAGAAGGUCCUCAUGUUGUGAUUAUGACCAACAGCUACAAUAAUAGUGCAACUGCGAUAGCAGUGCAAGGAUCUUAUAUUGUAAUUUGGCGCUAUGACUACAUUAGCUCCGCAGCUGUGCAAGGACCUCAUAUUGUAAUUUGGCUUCACGCCUAUAUUUGUAGUAAAGACCCUCAUAUAAUGUUUAGGCGCUUCGCGGCUGUGAUAACAGUGCAAGAACCUCAUGUUGUGAUUGGGCUCCGCAUCUGUGAUAGCAGCUCUGCGGCUGUGAUAGCAGUGCAAGGACCUUAUGUUUUGAUUAAACUCCACGACUAUGCUAGCAGUGCAAGGACCUCAUAUAACUCCGCAUCGGCGAUAGCAGUGCAAGGACCUUAUAUUGUAAUUAGGCUCUACGCCUACAUUUGUAAUGAAGGAUCUCAUAUUAUGUUUAGGCUCUGCGACUGCUCUGCGGCUGUGAUAGCAGUGCAAGAGCCUUAUGUUGUGAUUAAGCUCUGCAACUGCAAUAGCAGUGCAAAGACCUCAUGCUCCACGCCUACAUUUGUAAUGAAGGAUCUCAUAUUAUGUUUAGGCUCUGCGACUGCAAUAGCAGUGCAAGAAUCUUAUGUUGUGAUUAAGCUCUACGACAGCAAUAGCAGUACAAGGACCUCAUAUAGUGAUUGGCACAGGCUCUGCGGCUGCGAUAGCAGUGCAAGGACCUCAUGUUCCGUGGCUGCGAUAGCAGUGCAAGGACCUCAUGUUAUGAUUAGACUCCACGGCUGCGAUGGCA